AUCAUUCGCUAAUGUAGGAAUUAAUUACUUCCUCUGUGCUUGUUUUAGAAAUCUAUAGAAAGUGAAGAUGGAUCCAAGAACAGCAGUACGACGCGUGGCCCUUUGGCAUUUUGCUAUAUAUAAAUCUAACGCCGCCGAUCUUUAAGGAUUGCCAUACUAGAGCCAAGGAGUUUGACCAGUUAUCAACAGCAGUAACCGUCAACCUACACUUCAAUAUCUUGAGACAAUGAAGGCUGUUGCCGCUAUCCUUGCCCUUGUGGCUGCCGUCGAGGCUCACUAUACCUUCCCAGCACUGAUUGCAAACGGUGCCGCUACCAACAAGUGGGAAUAUGUGAGGAAGACGACGAACUACCAGAGCAAUGGACCAGUGACCGACGUCAGCUCUGAGCAGUUACGCUGCUACCAGCUCGCACCGGGCAACGAGGGCGCCAAGACCAUGACCGUAGCAGCCGGAUCCACCGUCGGCUUCACGGCCGACGGCUCGGUCUCGCACCCGGGGACGCUGCAGUUCUACAUGGCGAAGGUACCCGCAGGCCAGACGGCGGACUCGUGGGACGGCUCGGGCGCGGUGUGGUUCAAGAUCUUCUCGCAGGGGCCGAACAUCUCGCCGAGCGGGCUGACCUGGCCCAGCGAGGGCGCCAAGCAGGUGACGACCAAGAUCCCGUCGUGCAUCCCCGCCGGCGACUACCUGCUCCGCGUCGAGCACAUCGCGCUGCACUCGGCGGGCUCGACCGGCGGCGCCCAGCUGUACAUCUCGUGCGGCCAGCUCACUGUCACCGGCGGCGGCAGCAAGACCCCGACGAACCUCGUCUCGUUCCCUGGCGCUUACAAGGCUACCGAUCCCGGCCUGCUCAUCAACAUCUACUACCCGGUUCCCACCUCUUACACCGCUCCCGGCCCUGCUGUCUUCACUUGCUAAAUGGAGGUUGGAGAAGGGAUGGUAUAGGAAGCGAGUAAUGCUAUAGGUCAGUUAGUACAGAGCUACCUAGGAACUUAAGUAGAUGUCUCGAAUUUAUUACUACGUAAAAUCUUUACUUGGUUCAGAUGUAAGAGCAAUUAUGACAUUUGAUGCUUGCUACUAU